AUGUUGGAGAGGCACCGAAGAUCCCAGAUCAGACUCGACUCCUCCGCACCCAUUGUAAACCGAACCACCACGAUGCGAAGAACCCGUCGAUUAAGCUUUAAUAUCGAGGCGAAUGGCUUUGUGGCGCCCAGGACUCGAAGACGACGAAGAAGGGAUCCAUACUUUAUGACCUAUCCUGCGAUGUAUGACCCCAUGCAGAUGGGACAGCCAUGGGGAUUUGAUUUCAGCAACGCAUUGCCUUAUGUUUAUGGCCAUUUUUUUGAGCCCCCUAACCGCUUAGAUGCAGGCGAAAAAUUUGAAUAUGAUACUAUAAACUCGCUUCCGCCUGAAGAAACGUGUGAUACAACUAAGCCGCAGGUUGUCCAUGAGCUUGGGGAUAUUUUAUUGGGAUUGGACAGCUUAUUGCAAGACAAAAAGGUCAAAAUACUGGAAGAACACCAUGAAAAGUCGGGUUCCACCGAGAAUAAGGACGACGAAAGCUGUAGCUCUCAAGCAAACCAUCUUUCAGUUCUGACCGAUGUUAUGCGCGAAGCCAUCGACCGGAUAAACGAGUACAUAGGAAAUUAUUUAAGGCAGAAGGAGCUGCAGUUUAGCCUAAAUCAAAUUGACCAGUUGCGGGCAAGACUACCAGCGGUGCAGGUGUUGCAGCUACCUGUGCAACCGCUGAUUGUGCAGUCGGUUCCACCGUGUCCGUCCUUCGAUGGCUAUGCCCCACCGGAAAAUGCUCUUCAAAGGAAAUCUCAACUCGAACGUUUGCCUUGGUUAAAGGAGCGAAAACGUAAACGCCUGCCAAAGUCCACUACCCACGUACAUGUGCAGAAUCAAGGAAGUAGCACCGAGGAUCUGCCGUUCAAAAGAAACAAACUCACAGAAGUCCUGCAAACAUCCAAAAAGGAUGCCGGCACAACCAUGUGGUGUCCAAGGGAAUGCUGCAGAGAACAUUGCGGCGCGCUUAGAAGGCAGGAAGUCUGUUCAGUAGGGCAAGAAAGCGCAGAUAUUGCGCAUUGCCUGAAAUCAACUGAUGGUUUUCCUCCUCCACCACCACCAAGUAUUCAAUCAGACGAAGAAGUGGACCAUCACGAGGUGUAUUACCAUCCCAGUGGUGAAUCCAUGUAUCUGCUGGGUUCCCCUCAAACAUCCAGUUACAGAUCUAGUCGCGAUUAUCGCCAAGGAGGCGGAAACCUUAGCUAUUCCUAUAUGGAGGAAGAGGAGCAGGUGGAUGACGAUGACUGGUAUCGCAGUGCUAGCAAUAAACUAGCUGAGUUGGAAGUGGAGCAGGACUAUUUUAAGGAACUGGAAACGACUACUGACGAUCAAAUCCAUCGAAUGCACUUUGAACCCAACAGUGAACAUGAUUUUGUAAAUAUCAUAGCCACUAGCGAUAUGGCGGUCAGCACUACGGAGCUCAAUGCUGAAACUCACCCCACACCGAUAACUAUUGUGAGGACCUGCAAAACGUCCUCCUUAAAGCAGCGAAAUAAUCUUAAGAAUGAAAACCAAAAGGGAAUUUCGCCAGCAAGCCAUAAAGUCAUGUUUGUAAAUGUCCAAUGCAACAAAGGAGUGCAGGUCCAACCGAACUCCAUAUCGACGGGAACGGAUCCAAUAAGGAAAGUAUCUAUUUCCACAAUAUCCAAGUACAAGGGAAGUUCAAAGCAUCGAAUAAAGCCCAAGGACAGGAUCAGUCAAAAGCGCUCCGAUAGUCCAAUAUAUAAACAUUAA